AUGAAUAGUGUUGGAUUAGCAACUGUUUAUCAAAUUCAUCAAAGUCAUUUACAUAUUCAUCCAUUAACAAUAAAUCAUAAUACACAUAUUAAUCAAUUAAGAAAACGAGAUCAUCAAUUAUUAAAAAUGACACUUAGUAUUAGUAAAAGUGAUUUUCAAUUAGCAGUUGAAAAUAUUCUUGCACAAAUAAUGAGAAUGCUUGUCUUUAUUAAUAGUAGUGCGAGUUUCUAUGUAUUUCUUGCUAGCGGACAUGAAUUCGAUCAUUUUAUAGUUAAAAUCAUUACAUACUUAUUUGGUAAAAAUAAUCGAUUUUAUAGAUGA